AUGCGACGCGCGCGCCUUUCGGUGGUGGGGGGGCGUGAAAACCCGCGCUUAGUCAGCUCUAAACUGACGCCGGGGCGUCAGUGUAUUGGGACCCCUAGCAAAGUCAUCCGCUCCUACCGUGGAAAUUCUCUCCGUUUCUCAUCACGCGACAGAACGUUCGAGAAAUUUUACAAAGAGGUAGAUGGCAACAAUAUCAAGCCUUUCGGAACCUAUGUAGGGCGAGCAGAUAAGGAAUAUUGCUGGCUUCGACAACUUAUAAAGAAAUACAAGAAUAUCAAACAUGCAGAAAGAGAGUCUCUUAUUGGCGAUGAGAGGUUUCUGAAUGCUAUGGGAUAUAAGAUUUCGGAGACACAGGAGCCUCUGGAGACUGUCAACCAAGCCCUUAGUACAUUAUUGAGUAUCAAGAUCAAUGAGGUAAAUUUCAAGUUAAGGGCUUUACACGUUUAAAUACUAACGAGGCUAUGUAGAUGACGAACAAAAAGACUGAGGCGUACUGGACGACCAUGCGUGAGAAGUAUCCUCAAAUGGAAACAGAGGGUUAUGUUAGUAUUAUCUAUGUUUCUUUGUCCUACAGCACAUUCUACACUAGAGAUGUUUUAUGAUUCUAACAUGACGUUUUAGGAAUUCGACGCGGAACGGUUGCGAAUUGCCGAGUACGAAAAAUAUACGAACAAUCCAAAAAUGUAUGUUUAGGAAUUCGUAGAGGAGCACAAUAGGAACUUAGAGGAUAUCUUAGAAGAGCUAGAAGAAAGAAGUAUAAGCAACCUUAAGGGACAUGACGAUAGCGAUUCUGUUCUCUAUAGGGAAGGAAGUAAGGACGAUGUUGCGCAAGAUAAUACAAAUAGUGGCGAGGAUGAACUUAAUGAACCAGAGAGUGACUUUGAGGAAGAUUGUGUAGAAUACUAGCUAGAACCCGAAUAUGUGUUAAUAGUGGAGGGGGAAUUGCCACAUAUUGAGGGAAGAUUAGAAGAGCUACAUAUCAGUAAGAACUGAAUAUGAGGAUAUGUUCCGGUAUCACUGGUAUGGGAGGGAAUCUUCUUCGGCGGUCUGGUUACUCUGUUGUACAAUAAAUUUUAUCUAGUACGCCAAAAUGCAUUAAGGGGGUGUUUGGCUCGUGUAAUUUAGAGAUUUGCAC